ACAUUCUUCUUUGCGAAGAUAAAGGGUUUAUCUGUGUAGAAUCGAUUCGAGUUAUAUUAAUGUGAAUUAUAAGAAUAUACAGUGACUUACGACUAAGAUUAAUAGAUAUGUUAAGAUAAUAGAGACUGUAUUUAAUUGAGCGGGUGUUGAAUCAGAACCACUAUCAACAAGGAUUAUACCUAAGAAAAAACUUAUCCUACAUAUUGUAGAUUAGAAUUGGGUUUUAUAAACCCUAUUUUCAAUAUACCUAUUGGAAAAUAAUAAUAAUGAUGAUGACUGAUACAUUAAAAUCAAAUCUUAUUUUGGGACUACCCAACAAAGUGGACCUGGAAAACAAAAUGGAUGACAUGGGCUGGAAGUCAAAAUUGAAAAUUCCCCCAAAGGACUGCAGAAUACAGACAAGUGACGUAACAGACAGAAGAGGAAAUGAAUUUGAAGAGUUCUGUUUGAAACGUGAAUUGCUAAUGGGCAUUUUUGAGAAAGGUUGGGAAAAACCUUCACCCAUUCAAGAGGCUUCUAUCCCCAUUGCGCUCUCUGGAAAAGACGUACUCGCCAGAGCAAAAAAUGGAACAGGUAAAACUGGAGCGUACUGCAUUCCGGUGCUGGAACAAAUCGACCCGAAAAAAGACUGCAUACAGGCGCUGAUCAUAGUGCCGACGAGAGAACUGGCCUUGCAAACGUCACAGAUUUGCAUCGAGCUGGCCAAGUAUCUGGAGGUGCGUGUCAUGGUGACGACGGGCGGCACCAAUCUGAGAGACGACAUCAUGCGCAUAUACCAAAAAGUCCAAGUGAUAAUCGCCACGCCGGGACGCAUACUGGAUCUCAUGGAAAAAGGCGUGGCGGUAAUGGACCAAUGCAAGAUUUUAGUGCUAGACGAGGCAGACAAGUUGUUGUCGCAGGACUUCAAGGGGAUGCUCGACACGGUGAUCAAAAAACUUCCCAAGGAGCGGCAAAUAUUGCUCUUCUCCGCCACGUUCCCGUUGACCGUCGAGCAGUUCAUGAGGAAGCAUUUGCGGAACCCCUACGAGAUCAAUCUGAUGGAGGAGCUCACUUUGAAGGGGGUCACACAGUAUUAUGCGUUUGUCCAGGAGAGACAGAAGGUUCAUUGUUUGAAUACUCUGUUUUCAAAGUUGCAAAUCAACCAAAGUAUUAUUUUCUGCAAUUCCACUCAAAGAGUGGAAUUGUUGGCGAAGAAAAUCACAGAGCUAGGGUAUUCUUGUUACUACAUCCAUGCGAAAAUGGCGCAAGCGCACAGAAAUAGGGUGUUCCAUGACUUCAGAUCUGGCUUGUGCAGGAAUCUAGUCUGUUCAGAUCUCUUCACGAGAGGUAUCGAUGUGCAAGCAGUAAACGUUGUGAUAAACUUCGACUUCCCGAAAAUGGCGGAAACGUACCUGCACCGCAUCGGCAGGUCCGGCCGGUUCGGCCACUUGGGUAUCGCCAUCAAUCUGAUCACCUACGACGACAGGUUUUCAUUGCACCGCAUCGAACAGGAAUUGGGCACGGAAAUUAAGCCCAUACCGAAGGUGAUCGAUCCCGAAUUGUACGUGGCCAAGCUCGAUCACGAAGAAUUGGAGUUGGCUAAGUAACGCGCCUAAAGUGAUCCCGUGUACAUAGUUGUGUG